CGCAUGGUGCAUAUUGAUCCAAAGCCUCUUUUGUUAUAUCGUAUUUACACAUGAGUUCCAGGAUUCUAAAUCUUCACGGUUCCUAGACUAACAAUCACUGAAGGUUGAGCGAGUUGCACGUGUCCGCACACAUGCCACGUAACCGCUGUCUCGAACCACAAGAACAGUUUUCGUCAGCACUGGAGUCGAUGUGAAGCGAGUUUGCUAAUUCUGAUUCGAUGCCCAGCGUCGGACGGCAAAAUGGCAAACACGGGAAUUGGCAAAUUGAGAGCUUUGGUCAUCUUUGGGCUGGUGGCCGGGGUGGUGGCGUGGGUCGCCACUUGGCACGACGAGUUCACCGUCACAACUGAGAUGUCUGUAGCGAGAGGGGCUGAGGAGGUGUACCGGCUCAUUGCUGACUUACGGAAUCACAAGAAGUACCAUCAGUAUGUCCCGAAAGAGACGGAAUUAUUGCACUCAGGGACGACUGAUGAUGGAAUCGAAGUGCGAACCUUCCGAACGAGAGAACUUGUACCUCUACCCUUUGGGUUUCACAUACCCAUCACCUUCGAUGCAACAACUAAACUGACAAAACCCAACAGAGAACUGGUUAUUGAACUAGCCGUAAUAGGGGGAACAAAAGGGACUUCCACCUGGACUCUGGCUGCCAACAAAGGCACAGCAGGUGCUGCAGUGGGCACGCUAGUGCGCGAGGAAUUCACCUUGGAGUGUAUGUGGAUCACCUGCAGCUUCGUGGAGGAGAAGGCGAGGACGUCUCACGCCGAACUCUUUCGGAAUAUGAAGAAUGACCUCGACGGAACGGGGGAGGUUUGAAACGACUGUCCCUUCGCUUCCGCGGUGGCAUUGCAUCAGAACCUCUGUGGCUUUAAUCCAGUUUUUACGGCUUUAAAUUUGAAGUCGCAACGAGCUGGACAUGUCCGUGGCACUCACAAUCGGCACACUAGUUGUGAAAAUGACGUUCAUCACCAAGGUUAUCUGCUACCUUGCCCUUCAGCUCCUUCGGAUGACGUAACUAUGUGAGGUCCUUUGUUUUUGUGGACCACCUUGAUAAUGUUUCUGGUUAGGGGUCGCCAAAACACCCCCCCGACAAGCUGAGGCAUAACCCAGCUCACAACCACCCCACCACCACUGAACACUGCCACUGUGCCAGCCAUGCCAGCAGCUUUUGACCAUGUUGUAGUGUUUUCUUUGCAAUUAACUACAAAUUAUCAGUGAACAUGAAAUAGAAAGAAAAAAACAUAUGACAUUAG